AUCCUUAGUUGAUUUUACUUCCUUUUACAAUGGUUUAAUUCCUUUUUUUUUAGUUGCUGCAACUUUGCUGUCCCAAAUGGACGAGCUGCCGACCGUCAAACUGGGAGAUUACACCCUACAAAUCGAAUUGGAAGAUUUGAAACCCGAAGUCCAGGAAAUCGCCAGGAAAGAACUCCGGGAAACGCCAGACGUUAAAAGGGACGCCAUAGUAGCCCUCAGGGAUCUUUUGAAGGAGGAGAAAGACUUGCACAUACCAUUGGAUAAUGAUAUAUGGCUGGUGAGGUUUCUUAGGCCAUGCAAAUUCUACCCAGAGAGUGCACUGGAAAGUAUUAAAAGGUAUUACGCUUUCAAAGUAAAACACGCAGACAUAUACGACGGUCUAAUGCCUAGUAAAGAGAGGAACGUCUUUCUGCAGGACAUCCUGACCGUACAACCGAACAGAGAUCAGUUAGGCAGGAGAAUGUUGAUAAUAGAACUAGGAAAGAAAUGGAAAUGCAGCGAAGUGUCCUUAGACGAAGUAUUCAAAGGCGUCGUUUUGUUCCUAGAGGCGGCCAUGUUGGAACCAGAAACUCAGGUUUGCGGCGCCGUCGUGUUUUUGGAUAUGGAAGGUCUCUCUCUUUCGCAAACGACCAAAUUCACGCCAAGUUUCGCUAUGAAAUUGCUGGAGUGGCUGCAGGUAAGGAUAUCGUUAUUGUAG